CUAACAUCUACCAAAUCCUCCUGCAUAGUGACCUAGUCGCAACGAUCCAUAGCGGACUCAAAAGCUGCUUUGACGUGCUUCUACCCUCGUCUCUCCUAACCCACUACGGUCCCUCUCCCCGCUGUAUUCACUUGUCUCUAAAAGUAAGCGUAAGGAUCCGCUUCUCUCCGCUCGCCGUCGUCCUCUUCCUCGUCUCCCCUGGGACCUCUUCCGCUUCCUCCUCAGCGUCGCUUUCUCACCUCGGAAUCUCCGCCAGCUCAGUCUGUGACCGUCCGAUCGUCCGAUCGUCCGAUCGUCGUCAUUGCAUCAGGCGGCUGUAGCCGAUAGCCUGUGGCUGUAGCACCAGGCUGCUGCACUGGGUGGAGGCGCCUCAAACCAUGGCUUUAAAACCACCAGGCGGCAGCUCAAGCGACACUCCCGUCGUUCCGCCAUAGGCCUUGAUUUUGCAGGGUGUUUUUGAGAAUUCUCAAAAACACUCCCGUCGUUCCGCCAUAGGCCCACCCACCCGGCUUACUGUCGCCGCAAUUUGAUUUGUGUCUCCUCACGACAAUUUUUGGGUCGACUCAAAAGCUUACGACAAGGACGCCGAACGAGAGAGCGAGGAAUACUCGAGGAACACUCGGCACGGCAGUUCCUUGCACGAGCAACCUUUCAUCCGACCAUCCAUCCAACGGCCUCCUCUCUGCCCGAGUAUCCCCGAUUCCGAGUCGACUCAGUAGCCGAUAUCCUUUAUGCCCUACUACCCCCACCCCUCUCGCUUCUCGCCGCUCCUUCGCCCUCUCCUCUCCCCCUCACUCCGACCGCGGAUUCCGCCAACUCCCCAGCCACCCUCCCCGAAUCUCCCCGCAAUCGCCGCCAUGCGCGCUGCGAUGGUCUCAGCGUCGCCGCGAUCGGCGCCGCUCCACGCGCUUCUGCUGACGCGGGGGAGGUGGACGCGAGGGGACAGGUGGCGGGAGGGGAUUGGAUGGAGUGAGAGCAGUGCUUUCCGCUCCAGGUCGAUUUUGAGCCGUAUUUCACUUCCCACGCCCGUCUCUCCUCCCUCCGCCUCGUCUCUCGCCUUCUCGUCCUCCCGCUCUCCUUCCCUCCGCUCUCCAUCUUCGCCUUUUCCGACUGCCCCUGCGUCUGUCUCCACUCGCGCUUCUGCUCCUGCGGAUACGGCUGCGGUUGCUGCUUCUGCCUCUGCUUCUUCUGCCGCUAUUUCACAUGCUCGUCCGCCCUCUCCUCCGCUAUACACCCCUUACGGGGUUCGAUUCGUCCACUCGCGGCGCCGAAGAAAGCACAAAGCUAGAGCCGCUGGAGCCACAUCAUCAUCCGCAUCAUCUUCCCCCAAAGCUUCCUCCUCCUCCAAACUCCCCCCCUCCUCCAAACCCUCCUCCUUCGCGACCCUGUCUCACGGCAAGCGCAAGCUGAGUGCGGCCAAGGAGCGUGAGGUGAUAGAGUGGUACCGGGGGCACAUGGAGCGGUGCAAGAAGCUGAGCGCAAGGGAGCUCGUGAAGAACCUCGAUUACUCCAACCUGCUCGGGGCCAACCCCAAGUUCAAGAACGGAAAGAUGACGGAGAACGGAGUGAACACACUCAUUCUCAAGACCAAGCAGCAGUUCCCGCAUGAAGUCGUGCUCUGUAGGGUGGGCGAGUUCUACGAGACCGUGGGCUUUGACGCGUGUCUGCUGGUGGAGCAUGCAGGGCUCAACCCCAUGGGCGGCGUUAAGCCAGAAACCGUGCCGCGCGCUGGCUGCCCCACCCAGAACCUGACGCAGACGCUAGAUUCGCUCACCAGCCAUGGCCUGUCGGCGGCCAUAUUGGAGGAGGCUCUAGACACGGCUCCAGCAGGGGGGCGUGCAGGCAGCACGGGCAACAAGCGAAAGCAGCGGUUCCUAGGAGGGCACGCCCACCCCGGGAGUCCCUACGUGUAUGGCUUCGCACGCCACAACAUCGAGAUCGAGUUCCCAGAGCAGCAGCCCAUACUGGGCAUUGCCCGCACCAGUGCCACAGGGUACACGGUGGUGAGUGUGUGGGAGAUGAUCUUCUCCUACAGCGUUGACACGCGCCUCACAGAGGAAGCUGCAGUGGCGAAGCUCAGAGCCAGUGGCUGCCACCGCUGCUUCGUGCACUCCUCCGUCACCGGAGGGGGGGGGUGGCGGGAGCAGGGGGCGGGGGGGAUGCUGUUCUCGGAGUGUGCUGCCAAGGGCUACGACAAGUACGAGGGCGACCCUGUCAAGAGCCUGCUCAAUAAGGUGCGGGAGCUCUACGACCUGGGCACCGCGCCACCCUUCCAGCAGCUGCUGCUGCCACCCCCCGAAUCGCGUCCUCGCCCCCUCUACGUCUCCACGGCCUCCCAGAUUGGCAUUCUGCCGACGCAGGGAGUGCCGAGUCUGCCGCAUCGCCUGUUGCCAGACAACGCGGCGGGGCUCUCCGUGUGCCUGGCCUACCUGCGCUCAUUGCUGCUCCACCCCCCGCCUCCUGAGGUCGCCACCAGCAUUCAGGACGCGUGCCGUCGCAUGUUUCAUCUGCCCGUGCUGCCCGAGUUCUUGUGCGUGCCGCCCUCGCGACUGGUGAAGCUCAUAUCAGCGGAGGAGGCCACGUCCACCGAGCUGCUGCGAGUGGGCGCCCUGGCUCAAACCUUCCUUGACAUGCUGCAAGACUCAAGCAUUGCCAGCAGCAGCAGCAGCGGCGGCAGCAGCGAUAGUGGUGACGGUGGCAGCAGCAGUAGCAGCAGCAGCGGUGGCAGCAGCGGCGGCAGUGGUGGCAGCGGUGGCGGUAGCGGUGGCAUCAGCAGCAGUGUGGCUAGGGAAGGAGGGUUGCGGCAGUUGGCAAUGGAUCUGCUGGUGCCCACGCAACUCGCGUGCGGGCUGCCACUCCGUGUCGACACACUCGCGCAAGAUUGUGAAGCGGUGUGUGCCUUGGUGAAUAACGUGCUGCUAAGUGACACUGCUGCUGCUGGGGGGGCUGGGGGUGCUGCUGCUGUUGCUGGGAAAGGAGUAGUGGAGGGGGAGGAGGAGGAGGAGAAGGAGGAGGAGGGGGAGAAGGCCGGAAAGGGCUAUGUCAUGCCGCCGCCUUUGAACGUGAGGCGAAUACUGGAGCAGCGGCAGGCGCAGGAGAGGCAGGAGACGGGUGGUAAACUGGGGGAAGGGGAAGAAGAGAGGGGGAAGGGGAGUGAGGAGGAGGAGGGGGAGGGGGACAGGGGGAAGGCGGUUAGUGAGAGCGAGUAUGAGGAUAUGGCGUCAUUUUUUGAGGAUAUGGAGGGGCGGUGGAGGGGCCGAGUGCGGUACGAGCACAUAAAAGAGGAGUGCGACAGGGUGGCGAGGGCUGCGGAGCGGUACAAUGAAGUGGUGAGGCGGGAGCUGAUGCCGUUUGUCAACCGCAGCCGCAACCUGUCCUGGAAAACCAGCAAGGCAUCAAGCAAGAGUGUGGAAAUAGUGGCGUUCAGGGACCAUGGGGUGCUGCUCAAAGGGAGAAUUGCAAAGAAGCUGGCGAGUCCGGAUGACCCUGUGGACCCCCUGCACGAGCUGUCACGGCUGCUAGAGCCGGCUGUGGACGGCAAGGGGAAGAAGAUGAGCGACGGAUGGUACUCCACACCUGCUGUCGAUGAAGCGCUUAUCGAGUACAAGGAGGCAGUGGUUGCAGCGCAUGCAGCGGUGGUAGCAGCGCUGCAGCAGCUGUCCCGCGACCUGCAGCUGUACCUGAGGAGCAUCGUGGCUGUGGCUAACUUUGGCAUCGUUGCCCGCACGCUUGACGAGCAUGUCAGGUGUUGCUCCCAUCGCGGCUGGAUCUUCCCCACACUCGCACCAUCAUUGCCACCAGACAACUUCCCUACCUCCACUACCCCCCCUCCCUCCACCGCCUCCCCUCCCUCCGCCACCUCCCCUCCCACCACCUCCACCCCUCCCUCCACCAUCUCCCCACACACUCUCCUCCUAGAGGACCUCAUCCCCUACUGGCUGGACCACACCGUCGCCUCCCCGGCCGUGCCCAACACGCUCUCCCUCUCCUCGCUCGCGCUCCUCACCGGGCCCAACGGCGGCGGCAAGUCGUCGCUGCUGCGCUCCGUGUGCGCGGCGGCGCUGCUGGCGUCGAGCGGGCUCAUGGUGCCGUGCUUGAGGGCCGCGCACGUGCCGCGGUUUGACUCCAUUGUGCUGAGGAUGAUGCCCGCUGAUAGCCCCUCCGAUGCCAAGAGCUCGUUCCAGAUGGAGAUGAUGGAGCUGCGCUCAAUAACCCAGGACGCCACCCCACGCUCCCUCGUCCUCCUGGACGAGCUGUGCAAGGGCACGGAGCCCGACAAGGGCGCGUGCCUCGUGGCGUCCGCUCUCGAGUUCCUGGACCAGUCGCGGUGCGUGGGUGUGCUCUCCACCCACUUCCACCGCGUGCUCGACCUGCCGCUGCAGCUUGACAGGGUGGUGCGGCUGGCCAUGGGGGUGAGGAGGCACGAGGGGGAGGAUGGGGGGAUGGAGCCCACCUGGAAGGUCACAGAGGGCGAGUGCCGCGACAGCCUGGCGUUCGAAGUGGCAGUGGGGGAGGGCGUGCCUGCAGCAGUGGUGGACCGGGCGGCUGUCCUGCUGCAGCACCUGCAGCAGCAGGAGGCGCAGCUCAGACACGCACACGACCUGCUGGUGCAGCAGCAGCAGCUGGACGAGGGGGAGAAAUCAGGGAGGGAUUUGGGGCUUGGAGAUACUAGCGUGGGUGGCACGGGCAACGGGAACGGGGCUGCAGUGGCCACCCCAGUCUCUGCACUCAACAGUGGGGGUGACAGGAGUAGUAGUGAUCUUGGUGGUGGUGGGAAGGAGGUCAGUGCGGUUGGUGGAGACGUGUCAGAAGGUCGGGGUGGUCUGGAAGAGGAGGAAGAAGCAGAGGGAGGGUCAGAGGGAGAGGAGGGAGAAGUGGAAGAGGAGGAAGUGGAUGGUCGGAUCAUAACAAGGAAAAGGCUGAGAAAGAACAGUGGCAAUAGUGGUGGUGGUGGUGGUGCUUUGAUCACUUCGAUGGCUUUGCACGAUGCAGUACGGCUGUUUGAGGUCACAGCUGCUGAUCUGAUGGGGAGACUGCAGGGAAGAGGGGUGGAGCAAGAGGGGGGAGCAAGUGGAAGCGUGCUGAAUAACACCGCAGUGGCUGUGUGCGGCGACGGGCAAGACAUGGCAAGCCAGCAACACUCUGGGCAAGACACCGGACUGAGCACACAGAGAGUGCACAGCCCACUUGGGUCAAUGGGAGCGCUGGGAGCAGGGGAGGCUGCUGUGAGGGGUGUGGGAGAUGGAGGUGUGGGGGUGCGGGCCGUGGUGGUAAUGGCGGGCCAGAUGCCGUCGGCAUCGGUGGCUAACCACCGGUCGUUUGUGUACCUGCUGUGUCGCCCGGACGGGAAGUUCUAUGUGGGCGAGACGGACCAGAUAGUGGAGCGCAUACGGCAGCACCGGAACUCAAAGCUGCGCGAGUCACCGGUUGCGAUCAUCCCGGCGCCCAGCAAGAGCGCGGCGCGCUUCAUAGAGACGCACCUCAUCACGCGCCUGAGGGACGCGGGCAUGCCGCUUGUCAACAAGGCCGACCAGAAGCACAGGCACUUCGGGAGCGUGGGCCUACUUCCCCCACCAUUUUGAUUCAGGAUGGGCUUUUGUUUGGUGCCUCAGGCGCCUUUGGACUGGAGCCAGCAAGCCAGCAAGAGCGCGGCGGCGCGCCUCAUAGAGACGCGGAGAGGACGUGCUGUUUGUGAACAAGGCCGACCAAAACCACCAGCACUUCAGGAUUGUGGGCCUACCCUCCCUCCCCCGCUGUUCUGACAUGUGCUGAUUGGUUGUGAAUGGCCAUGCCAACCAGAAGCACUGGCACUUGCCUAGGUGGCGAGUCGACCCUGAGGUCGACCCUUGUCUGACACGUGCUGUUGGCUAAUUGUUUUUGCAGACGAAGUACUGUCAGUCAGUCGUCUUGUCGUGGUGGUAUCUACUUGUGGGUCGGAUAUGCACCAGAGGCAAUUGUGCAGCAUACAAGCUCUAGUAGAAAUUAUUUCUCCUAGGAUUCAGUUCAGAGGGGGCACGAGAAACGCAAUGGUUUCAUGGAUGCACGCAUCCUUAUUCCAUACAGCAAGGUGAGAGCCGGGUUUCAUGUUCACCACCAAUCAGCGGCAUGUACUGACAUCAUCUGAGAUUGACAUGAUCUGAGGUUGCCCUUGCGAUCCUCGGGGAAGGGCUACACUGCC